AUGGAAUUAACUUUGGUUAAUCUCCAGAAAAGAUUUGAUCGAGUUGAGUCUGAUGAUUUUUCCCCUUUCUCAGUUUCGAUUGCCGUAAUUCUUCAUGGAUUCUCUCCAAGAGUUUCUAUUUCUUCGACCCAAUUAUCUGAUGAUAUUGCUAAGAGGUUCGGAUUCAACAACAUCCUCCAACUGAUGCAGUACUUCCAAGAUGAUAAUAUUGAUUCCACUCAAGAAGUCUCGAUUCGCUUCAUUGAAUCAAUAUCAGAUAUGCCACUGCAAUCAUUUCAGACAAAUGAAGAACUCUUUGAUUUGGAGGAGUUUCAUUCAUCAAUCUAUGACAUGCUAAAACUAAUCGAUCAACAGCUAGCAGAAACUGCAGUGGAAGCUGAGAGAUCGAGAUUGUAUAAGUCUGUGUCUCUUAGAUUUCUUUCAAAAAUCCUAGGUGGCCACACCCUUUCAAAUUUUGAGACAUUCUCCCACCCCAUAUUUCAAUUGUUUGUAUUAACGACUCAGGAUGACUGCCAGAGUAUUGGUGCACUCUACACCCAGUGGAAGGGUACCAAAGUGCCUUUUUGGGUAGAUCUCAAGGAGAUUAAUCCACUUUGUAUUAUCAUUGUUGACUUGAGUAUUGAAACUGAUUUUCAGCAGGGAUUAUGGUUACGGGAUUCUUUGAAAAACAAGUUUGGUCUAUCCUCUUUGAUUUUGAGUUUAAACCCGAAUGAUAAGACCAAAAAUUUGAAUGAAACGACAAUUAAAAGAAGUGUCUUUGCUUUUAGUUCACAUCCAGAAAUUAUGAUUAUUCCAAAGACCUUACAGGAAGAUAUUCAUGGCUUUUAUAAGCAUCUUACUACUAAAGUCGUUUUCCCAUUCAUGGAGAAAAAAGUAAAUGAAUGGCAUGAAAACCUUAUUGUUCCAAGAAAAAGUUUCAGCAAUCGUUUUUGGAAAGGAUCUAAGAGAAGCAUUGAGACGUUCUCAGAACAGGAAAGGCAACAGGGAAUUGAUGAAAAUGGAUUCAAUGCGGUGCAAGGAUACUACCACCAUAAAUCUCAGGAAUUCAAGAUCAGGCGACUGGCAGACUGGUACUUCAUGAUGAGAGACUACAAAAAAUCUUAUACAACCUAUGACUUGUUGAAGAAAGAUUUUUUGAAAGAUAGAUCGUGGACCUAUUUGGCUUCGUUACAGGACUUCAUGAUUUUUUCCUUAUUGAUCGGAGCAAGUUCCAAGCAAGCAUCCGUGCCGAAUGAAGGCAACGGAAACACGGUGGGAAUUACCAAUAAAAUUAUCAACGAUUUAAUCCUUCCAACGAUUGAAAACCUGCACUACACUUACCUUUCAAGAUGUUCACUUAGAACUAAUACCUUGAGAUCUUGCAUCCUGAUGAGUGAACUAUUCAUUUCCAUGGGAGAAGCUUUUAUGAAUGAGCUGUAUCUUGUCCAAUCAAUUAAGUUACUAAGAAAGCUGCUUUCUAUGAAAAUUCUUCAAGGAUCUGCUUUGGCGGUCAUAUACCAGCAUAUUUCCUUUGCCUAUACCAUUUAUUCUCGCCCUUUGAACCAUCAAGAAGUUAGUAGGCCCAGUGACAAGCUAAGAAUAAAGAAUAUUGAUAUGGAAAAACUGGGACUUACUCGACAUCGUAAGGCAUCGUUGUGGCUACUUCUAGCAAUCAAAAUAAUCGACCCAUUUCAGAGACCUGCCUACACCAAGGGGUUAGAACAAAGCAUAAUCAAGAACUUGGUACAAUUGAUGAUUGAAAAAGGGAUUGAUGUUGAUUCUAAUUGGAGACAUGUUGAGCUGUGCUGGCUAUUCAGAAAUGGAAGUUUGAUAUUAAACUCUUAG